AUGUCUUCUUUUGACUUAAACUCCAUCACCUCAGCUUUAAACGAUCCCGGAAGGACAGUGAGUGGUGUAGAUUUUUCUGGACGUUCAUUAAAAUUGGAUAGCGCCGAAGAUGCCAAACCAAUUGUUGACGCCAUCAAUGCCUGCCCUGAUCUUCAGUACCUCACACUCACGGGGAACACCCUGGGUGUGGAAGCGGCAAAAGCCAUUGCCAAGGCCUUAGAGAACCACCCAGAACUAAAGACAGCUCGCUUUUCGGACAUGUUUACUGGUAGAAUGAAGACAGAAAUACCACCAGCUUUGAGUGCCCUCGGAGAUGGCAUGAUUCAAGCUGGAGCUCGCCUUAACACAUUGGACCUAAGUGAUAAUGCAUUUGGCCCGAUUGGUGUGGAAGGACUUGCUAAGCUAUUGCAGAGUGAUGUUUGCUCACAAUUACAAGAGUUGCGUUUAAACAACAAUGGAUUAGGAAUUACCGGAGGAAGGCUUUUGGCCAAGGCUUUAUCAGCGAGCCCAAAAAAGCUAAAGGUCUUCAUAGCUGGAAGGAACAGGUUGGAGAACGAUGGAGCGAUAGCUUUAGCUGGAGUGUUUCAGAAUAUGGGUACACUAGAAGAACUAGCCAUGCCACAGAACGGGAUAUACCACGCCGGUAUUUCUGCGCUGUCGACCGCUUUCACACAGAACCCUAGACUAGCAUGUCUUAAUCUUAACGACAAUACCAUUGGACCUAAGGGUGCCGCUGCUAUAGCCACUGCUUUGCCCAGUUUGAAAAAUCUAAAAUCCAUCAACUUUGGUGAUUGUUUGCUGAAGAGUAAAGGUGCAAGCGCUCUGGCGAAAGGUCUCAAAGAUAAUUCUGUACCAUUAGAGUCACUCGAUUUGAGCCAUAAUGAAAUAGGCAGCGCUGCCUGCAUGGAGGUUGUGGAUGCCCUAAGCGCAUUGCCCGACUGUACGGACAGACUCAGUCGAGUGGUGCUAGCAGGCAAUAGCUUGGGCGGUGCGUCAAAUAAGAAAACGAUAAAAGACAAGUUGGGUCCGUCAGCGGAGCUUAGUGACGGCGAAGGCAGUGAGGAUGAGUAUGUAUCCGACUCGGAAGAUGAAGAGGAUUCAAAUGAGUCUGAGUCGGAAGGUAGUUCUGAAGACAGUGCCACAGAGGAUGCGCAGCAUAUGGAGACGAUUCUUGAUAUGGGCAAGGAGAUAGUCCUGGAUAAUUCAGGCGUGGAUGAGGUAGAAACAGAUGUAGGGAAAUUCAUACAAGAACCAACCGUCGAGAAUUUGACAAGAUUAGGUCCGAACGCGGCUCACGUUAUUGACACUCAUUUCCAGACUAUACACGACCAAGAAAGCCUUAUCCAAGCGUACGUCGAGGCGCUGUGUUGCGUCUCAGGCCUGGCCAAGCAAAGCCAGGUGGCGGCGGAUGUCGCGCGGGAUCUGUACCCGAUGCUGGUGAAACGGGCGAAGCAGCAAUGGCUGCUGGCUAACACGGUACUGUCAGCGCUGCAAUUAAUCAAGUCUGAGAACAAAAACUUCAAGGUGCGUUGGAGUAUACCUCCAUGUUACAGCGUCCUCGCGUCGCAGAUUGAUGCGCAAUACUUCCCAACUGCUCUACGCGACACUUUGCGGUUCUUUAUCAGCAGCAAACUGCAGUCGCUUCCGCCAGAGAUCAGGGCAGUCGUUAGUCAAGGAACAGUAGGCGAGAAUAAGUUCGUAACAGGCAUAAUCUUAUGUUUCGGUGACAAUGACAUUGAAGCUUCAAAUACAAUUUGGAGGAGGAGCAGAAUUAUUAGUAAAAAUUGGACCAUAAAAGAACUAUUAGUAUGGCUUAAAGAUAAUUUACUAAGGGAACGACCAGAAUUAUUUUUACAGGGAGAUACAGUCAGACCCGGAAUCCUUGUUCUCAUAAAUGAUGCAGACUGGGAACUAUUUGGAGAAUUAGACUAUCAAUUAAGAGAUAACGAUAUUAUAAUGUUUAUAUCUACUUUGCAUGGUGGUUAG